CCUCCAGUUUGCUUACCCACAGGAGCCCAGGCCAUCUGCUGGGAUGCUGCUGCCCCGACUGCUGCCCUUGCUCUGGGUGUUUAAGUGGGCAUCUGGAAACUGCUUUAUUCUCCCUAGAGAGGUCAUAGGUACAUAUCCGUCACUGACACUGGAGUUAGAGUCUGUGACGGUGCAGGAGGGUCUGUGCGUCCUUGUGCCCUGCCACCUCGUUGAGUACCCCAGGAACAGGUGGUCAGACGCUGACUUUGGGUACUGGUUCCAUGAAGGGGAAAAUACACACGCUGACUCUCUGGUGGCUACAAACAACCCACAUCGACCAGUGCAGAAGGAGCUGCAGAGCCGAUUCCACCUCUCUGGGGGCUGCUCCUUGGACAUCAGAGAUGCGCAAAAGGGUGACAACGGUUCUUACUUCUUCAGACUGGAAAAAGAAGGCAAAACGUGGAAUUUCUGUGAGGAGAGGAUCUCUGUGCAUGUGACAGACCUCACUCACACCCCCAACAUCAGCAUCCCACAGACACUGGAGCUUGGCCGUCCCGCCGAUGUGAUGUGCUCUGUGCCCUGGGCUUGUGAACGGGGAACACCCCCCAUCUUUUCCUGGAUGUCAGCUGCCCUCAUAUCCCUGGGCCCCACGACCACGCUCUCCUCAGUGCUGACCCUCACUCCCAGGCUCCAGGACCAUGGAACCAACCUCACCUGUCAGGUGACCUUCCCUGCAACUGGUGUGACUGUUCAAAAGACUGUCCAGCUCAAUGUCAUCUAUAAUUCACAGAACUCCACAGUCCAUGUCUCUGGAAGAGUUGGUCCAGGGAAACCAAGACCCCUGGCAGAUGUGGUGCAGGUAGCCAUGGGAGAAGCAGCUAUCAAGUUUCUGCUUCUUGGGAUCUGCUUCUUCUUCCUCAGCAUGAGAUCCCAUAGGAAGAGAGUGGAGAGACCAGCAACAAACAUGGAUCAGGCAGACGCUGUCAUGGAUUAGUCUCUCAGGCUGUGAAGAUGGCUGGCGUUACACCAUGGAUCCACCACUCCCAAGUCAAGAAAGUCAUGGAUGAUGGUGCCAGCUGGACUGUCUCCAGACUAUGGACCAAUUAAAAUGAGAUGUUAGUCUUGCUCUUCUA